UCAAACAAAAUUAUUGGUUGAUUCAGCCGAUUUCGUUACACUCAUAUUCAUAGUAUGGAACAACAUAUUAGCAAACUUAAUUCUUGAUACACACAAACCGACAUCAAAUCGAAAAUAGAUUUUCCGUCUUCAUUUUAGUGAUGGUAAACCGUUCGUCGUUAGCGGCUACAUAUUUGCUUAUUCUGUUAUUACACCGCGGUUACGAGCUAAAUUUUAAUUGAAUUUUUUUGUUGCGUAAAAAUUCAUUCAAAGUUGCAAUCAUCCACUUUACGUUAAUAAAGAAAAAAAAACAAGAGUGGAACUGAGAAAAGAGUGUGCGGUUUCGAAUAAAUAUUGUGAUACAGUACAUAUGGCUAAGCUCAGUGCAUUGCAUAUACUUAUAUGAGAAUUUGUGUGUUGUUAGUCUGUUGCCGUGUCGUGCAUCGAUACAUUUUUCCAUUGAGAGAAAAAAUCUGAAGUGAAAGUUUGUUUACGUGAUACUGUUUGAAUAGACCUAACACGUUAGGUUGGAGCUAUAUAUAAUUCAACAAUUAGAUAAUAAUUAACCACCAGCAUCAGUCAUGGAUAAGGAUAACGAUUUCAUUUUGAACAACAAUGUGAAAAGUGGUGCCUUCAAGUUACAGAUCGUUCCAGCCCAGCCAAAGACACUGUCUCAUCUGCCCCGACGACCAGCUGUGGAUUUAGCAUUCCAUGAUUUAACCUACAGCGUACGGGAGGGACGACGUGGCCAUGAAAAAGAUAUUCUCAAAAAGGUUAGCGGCCACUUUCGGUCCGGUGAGCUAACAGCUAUUAUGGGCCCGUCAGGAGCCGGAAAGAGUACAUUACUUAACAUAUUGACUGGCUACAAAACGGCAAACAUAAAAGAUGGCAUAAUCAAAAUGAAUGGAAAGGAAAGAAAUCUGAGUCAAUUUCGUAAGCUGAGUGCAUACAUUAUGCAGGACAAUCAAUUACAUGGCAAUCUCACCGUCGAAGAAGCAAUGACUGUAGCAACAAAUUUAAAACUCAGCACAAAAGUUGAUAAAGCUGCAAAAAAUGAUGUGAUAAAAGAAAUUCUCGACACACUGGGCCUUCAAGAACACCGACGAACACUAACGAGAAAUCUGUCCGGUGGCCAAAAGAAACGACUUUCAAUCGCUCUGGAAUUGGUAAACAAUCCGCCGAUUAUGUUCUUCGAUGAACCCACAUCGGGUUUGGAUUCGUCGACGUGCUUUCAAUGCAUAAAUUUACUGAAAUUCUUGGCUCGCGGUGGACGUACCAUAAUCUGUACGAUUCAUCAACCGUCCGCCCGUCUAUUUGAAAUGUUCGAUCAAUUGUACACAUUAUCCGACGGCCAGUGCGUUUACCAAGGUAGCACCAGGCAAUUGGUGCCAUUUUUGAGUACGCUAAAUCUGGAAUGUCCCAGCUAUCACAAUCCGGCCAGUUAUGUGAUUGAAGUUGCAUGUGGUGAGCAUGGUGACCAUACCAAAAAGUUGAUGAAUGCAAUUGAAAAUGGUCGCAAGGACAUUCGAACGGAGGAAGAUUUCAAUGGAAUCAAACCACGCAACGACAUUGCACGCAUCCACAAUACAAAUCUUGUGAGCAAAAAUUUCGACAAGAAUGACGUGAACAACGUUCCGAUCAAAUUUGCUGAUAGCACCGAAACACCGAACGGAAAUGGAAUAUUGAAUGGGACAAUGGUCAACGAUAUUGCAAAGGAUUCAAUGAACGCAUCGGUUACGAUUCCGGUUGAAGCUGAAAAAGACAUGGACGGUGUGACGUCUGCAUUGCUCGGUGACGAUGGAUUGAGAUCGCCUGAACGCUACCCAACGUCUCAAUUCCAUCAAUUUUGGACAGUCCUUAAGAGAACGUUACUGUUCAGCCGUAGAGAUUGGACACUGAUGUAUUUGCGACUCUUUGCCCAUAUACUCGUUGGAUUUUUAAUUGGUGCUCUCUAUUACGAUAUUGGAAAUGAUGGUGCCAAAGUACUCAGCAAUUUAGGUUUCCUAUUUUUCAACAUGCUGUUCCUUAUGUACACAUCAAUGACAAUUACAAUUCUCUCGUUUCCAUUGGAAAUGCCGGUACUUUUAAAGGAAAAUUUCAAUCGAUGGUAUUCGCUUCGGUCGUACUAUUUGGCAAUAACAGUGUCGGACAUUCCGUUCCAGGCGGUCUUUUGCGUUCUGUACGUAUCAAUAGUCUACUAUUUCACGUCACAGCCCUAUGAACUAUGUCGCUAUGCAAUGUUCCUUGGAGCAUGUUUGCUGAUUUCAUUCGUAGCACAGAGUGUCGGUCUAGUGGUCGGCGCCGCAAUGAACGUUCAAAACGGUGUAUUCUUAGCACCCGUCAUGUCCGUACCAUUUUUACUAUUCUCCGGAUUCUUCGUAUCAUUCGACGCCAUACCAAUCUACCUGCGUUGGAUCACCUAUCUGUCGUACAUUCGAUACGGAUUCGAAGGAACGGCACUGGCCACAUAUUCGUUCGGCCGGGAGAAGCUAAAGUGUCAUCAGGUGUACUGUCACUUUAAGUCGCCGGAAACGACGCUGGAAGAACUGGACAUGUUAGAUGCCAAUUUUACGUUGGAUAUUAUCGCAUUGAUCGUCAUUUUUGUGGUAUUGCGAGUGGCGGCGUAUUUGUUCCUUAGUUGGAAAUUGCGAUCGUCACGAUAGAUGAGAUCAGAUUUUGGUUAUUUUUGAUAGGUUUAGUUGUUAAGGAAAAUUUUAAUUAUUGAAAUUGUUGGGUGUUUACUUUUUGAUACGAUAAAUUUUGCUGUUUUUAUUCUCUUUUUUUACAAUUUUACCGAGAAAUAAAAUUUAGAUAGAUGUAUACGUAAUGUGUGUGCGUGGUUGUGCAACAUGUUUCGGAGAUAAAAUGCACCACACUAUGCAAUUAUAAUGUAUAAGACAAUGUGGCUACCAAUUUAUUAUAAAAAAAAUUUGGAAAAUUUAGAUAGAUGUGCAAAUUGGACUCGGUUUAUAAAAUGUGAGUCCUUGGAACUUUUUUUACAAAAUACUUUUGGUGGCUUAUUUUGUGUAGUUCAUUUACAAGAAAAAAAAAACAAAAAAAAUUGUUGAAAACAAAAACAAUCGGAUCGGAUCGUAAUAAAUGUUGAGA